GCAACAAAUUCCCUUCUUUUCCCGGAAUUCUCUCUUCAAAAAAUCUUUCAAAACCGAACUUUCUCUGACCUUCCAACCACAGAAUCCAAACGAACGCUAAAGAGCGAAAAGAGGGAAACCCCCAGAGAAAGAAAGAAAGAAAGAAAAUGGUGAGAGAAAUUGAAUCGGAGAAGAAGAGCUCAGAAACUAUCAAGUUUCUUUGCAGUUACGGCGGCAAGAUUCUUCCACGUUCUAGCGACGGCAAGCUCCGUUACGUCGGCGGACUCACCAGAGUUCUCUCCGUCGAUCGUUCCAUUUCGUUUACAGAGCUGAUGGUGAAACUCGUUGAGUUUUGUGGAUAUUCUGUAACGUUGAGGUGUCAGUUGCCGAACGGCGAUUUAGAUACUUUAAUUUCGAUAAAGUCGGACGAGGAUUUGAGGAACAUAAUUGAUGAGUACGAUAGAGCGGCUCCGUCGAAGAUCCGAGCAAUCCUUUCACAGCCGAAGUCGCUCAAGCAAAUCUCUCCCCCUCCGUCGAAUACUUCCAGCGUCAACUUUUCCUCUUCCACGUCAGCCGAUUCCGAUCCCCCGGCGAAGGCCGUAUUCCGUGGCCGGAGUGUUUCUCCGCCACGGCCGAUGGCAUAUCCCGUUAGAGCUUCUUAUUAUCCCUGCUACCUGCAGCAGAACCCUAGAGUUUUCUUUACCGCUCCUCAUUCUAAUUACUAUUGCCGGCAUUGAAACCAGAGAUUCCGGGACGGAAGAAUGACUCUACAGCCCCUCAGUUGGAGGCUUACAGAACAAAUAUACCAUAUAGACGACGGCCAUAAAAAUACCGUAAAAUUGAAAAAAAAAAAAGAAAAUUAGUUGAUUAGUCGAACUUUGAAACUUUUAUUUCAAAGUGCGUUUGGAUUGUAAAGUGAGAAUCGAGAAGUAAAUUUUUUUCGUAAUUGAUGAAUCUUUUGAGAUUUUCUUCUUCCCCAAAA